GAGCUCAAAACGUUUGUAGGUUUCAACCGAAACAGAUCAGAUCCUGUUUCGAUGCAAGAUAGAUAAAAAUCGUUCAUCUCCUUGCCCUCGCAGUUAAAAGAUAGCAACAAAGUCCUGAAACAUAAUAGUGCGUUAACAAAGAAGAAGAUUUCGGAAUAGAUACGAAGUGAUGUGAACUGUGGAAAGCCCCAGCCCGGUAUCGUUUUGAAUGUUGCAUCGAUGCUAUUCUCAAGGGCAUGGAAUGAUAAUUCAGAAUAAUUGGAUGGGUGUCACCUCGUGAACGAGAAGUGGCAUUUUGAAUAAUAGUCAUCGUAAAUAUCUGCUUCAACCGGAGCGAAGAGGCAAAUGGGCAGCAGAGCAGAGCUGGUAGGAAUCUGUUCGCGCCGUUCCAGCUAGGAUGCAAUCCAUCGAAUUGAUACUCCCCAGGCCCAGAGCCGGUAACAUCGGCAAAAAAGCGUGAAUUGAAAUAACCAGGUGGAAAUUGAAUGUGUGAAAUUGAAGAAAAAUAAGUGGAAUAAAUUACGUUGUGCUGAAAGCGGAAGUGUUAGCAAUCGGUCACUUGGAAAAGAGAAGAAACGGUAACCGGUAGAAAAUGAUUGGUGCAAAACUGUUUCCGCUUCUGAUUUACGCUUCGUGCAUUCUGGUCCUUUCGGUCGUCUGCGUGGUGAAUCUAGAAAAUUUAAUCGUGUUCGAUAGUGACUGUUAUCACGAGCACGGUUACGUGCGUGAAAAUCCAAACGUAAGAGAUUUGGUGGAAGCUAGUGAUGUAAUAAUCAAAGCGUUUGCCGGCGAUGGGAAUCAUCUUCGGUUGGUGGCGCCUCAUUCCGGUUAUGUUGAAAAUAGUGAUUUAAGGCAUGAAGAAGACGGAGGUGAGGAAAGUGACAAUGCAGACUCCAAUAAGGAUAGUGAUUAUUUCGUGCGUUUAGAGCCCAUGCUGGUUUAUAAGGGGAACGAGAUUUUUCAAAAGCUUAAAUUGAUCAACUGGCAACGCUAUAUUAUCAUUGAAAGCUUCACAAGCAGUAAAUCGUCGCUGGACAUUCGGGUGGAAGAAAACAUGCAACCGAACGGGAAGCCUAGCUAUAGAUUCAAGUGCAACAAUAUCAAACUUAUCACUAGUGCCAUAAAUAAUGAUGCAGAAGUGAGCAACCAAACGAUGGAAGACAAUAAAGUUAGCAGUAGCAACAUUAGCAAUAACCAUAACCAACGCCGCAACAGCAACGGAACCUCUGCGGAAAAUGUCAGCCCAAAGCAGACAACACUUUCGAGCAUCCUCAGCGAAAUAUUGCCAACCGAGGUAAUCAUUUUCGGUAGAUUAAACGAUAGGGGCAAUCUGCAAGUCGAUCUCUUCAGUGGAGUAUUUUUGUGGAGUGAAGAUUUGGAGGGCUCAAUUUGGAGGGAAACAGGUUGGAGUGAAUGGAGCGAAUAUACUUCAUGUAGUGUUACUUGCGGUAAAGGGGUACAGCAGCGCUUUCGGCAUUGUUUGAAGAGUGCAGACCUAGAACAGAACCCGUUUUCGGCAAGGGGUGACGACGAUGGCAGAAGGAUGUCAUCAACGCUGGCUACACCGUUUCUGCGAAGACCGUAUGUAAAUACGGAGUCGGCCAGGAAGGACAGCAUGACGAAUAAUGAAAAUGUAAAUCCCUCAUCAUCACUCACAACGCCACUGACGACAUCGACGUUUGCUCGAGUGGCGGAACUGGAAGGAGGGAGAGUGCCAAUCAUGCCUACGGUGGUAUUUAGCGAAGCAUACCAUAAGCCAAAGGAAGGAGGCGACUCAGGACCUGCGGCGGCAGGAGAAGACACUUCUACGUCAACGACAGGUCUUCUUCACUUUGCAAUUGAGAGGCGUUUUAAUGAAAGUACUAAUGCAAAUAGUGAUGAAAAGAGCAUUCAGCAGCACCCGACAUUGAGGCGGCGUUUACGAGAAGUUUUUAUGCAACGAGAAAUUCAACACAAUGCAGACGAAUCUACUGUGGCAUCUCCACCUUUAAGCCAAGCGAACAAUCCCCAGGCCACGAGGACCACUGAUGACAAGGAAUCCAUUAUUCCGACCGCAGAUGCCGACUGUGAGGGUUAUAAUAUCGAACAAAGGAACUGCAACAUGUUCCAAUGUGAAGGUGCUCUUGACUUUCUUUCGUCCAAAUAUGACAGUCAGCUAGUACCGGAAAGAGUAAGACGGAACGAAUUGAAUCAGAAGAUCGAACAAAUUGGGAACAAUUUCACAUUGAUGUUACGACUUCGAUAUCAAAAACGUGGUGCUGAUCUGAAUCCCCAUAAACAACAAUCUAAUCACAUUCUGACGCUACGUUCGCAGUCGGCCACCGUACCGAGUUUAUCACUGAAUUUCCUGACCGAUGGUCUUGGUGGACUGAAAAUCAUACAGGAAAAGUCGGGUUUCUCGGAGAUGCUCCCAGUGGAACGGAAUUUGUUGGACGGUAAAUGGCACUUUGUCGCAUUUAGUGGACGGAACGGAGGUUUCGUGAAUGUAUUCAUCGAUUGCAUAUGGGCCAACUCGUACAUCCUUUCGAAAGGAACUAUAGAACUGCCACAAAAUCCUCUCGUUGAAAUAGGCCGUGAGAUCGAACUUCAACAACUGACUUUAGUCCCUGGUGAUAAAGAGCGAUUACAAUGUGAACCCGAUACCAUUUCCAUUACCGACACAGAUAAUAGACAAGUAACCAACUACUUUGAAGGCAUGCAUUAGCACAGAACUGGUACAAUAAAGAUGUUUUCAACAAAAAAAUAUCCGCCUUCAAUAUGUUUUGAUUUGUUUCUGCGGAUCAAGUAAAACAAUAAACAGCAUACUCAAGAAUUAUAUACACAAAGUACGAAGCGAAAUACAGUGAAGAAUAUGUAAUGAAUGCAUGAUUAUUGCUCUGAAAUGGCGUUUAGCGGAAAUGAUGAAUUUGGAUCCAAAUCAAUAAGGAAUUCAAGCAAAAACAAAAGGAAACCGUCCUGUAUGACUGAACUUUUCGAAUCUAACGAAUAUUGAACAUUUUACUCGAGAUACCAAUAAUCCGAACAAAUUUUUCCCCUUCCAUUCAUUCGGCUCGAGUGUUUCGAUCGGACAAUGUAAAUACGUAAAUAUUAUGUUCGAGUAAAAGCUUCCAAUCCGUUCGUACCUUCUGAAAAGAAAAGAAAUAAAUACAAACCAAAUACAAUAAAUAAUGGGCAGGAAUCAACACGAAACUCGGAAAACGGAAUAUAACAAUGCUAGAGCGCUGAGCGAACGAAUAUAUAUGUACUUAUUGCUAUUUUACAAAUUGAAGUUAAUAUAAAACCAUCAUUGUAAGUUUGAAAAUCGAAUCAG